AUGUCAAUCCGAAAGGAUAAAUCAACGAAUAGUCUGAAAGCUGUAGAGGAUUGCCUAGCUGAGUUGUCUACUGCAGAUGAAAGUAUUGUUCGAGAAGCACUGUCAGCUGGUCAUGAUCUUAGCAACUUUUCCGUUCAAGUGAAUGAGGAGCUUACUGAAGCUCAUCGAAUAGCUGUGAAAGAAUGUAUCCAAAAUGCCGACAAGUUGACGGAUCUUCACAAUCAAAUACUUGCUUGUGAUCAAGUCUUCGAGCGUUUAGAGAAAAUGCUGCUUGGAUUCCAAGGUGAUCUUGGAACGAUUAGUGAAGAUAUGAAAAGGUUGCAAGAGCAGUCUGUUUCAAUUAAUCAGGAACUUGAAAACAGACAAAAAGUUCGUGGCGAGUUGAGUCAGUUUGUUGAUGACAUAAUUGUACCACAGAAUAUGAUCAAAGUUAUAAUGGAAACUGAUGUGAAUGAUCGCGCUUUCCUCGAACAACUGCAUGAAUUGCAACAUAAGAUCAAUUUCAUCAAGGCUCAGGAGUCUAAGGACGCUCGUUCUGUGUAUGAUGUUCUGGGAGUGCUGGAAAGCCUGAAAUUCAAGGCGAUUGAGAAAAUAAGGGAAUGGAUUCUUUCGAAAAUAUACAUGUUCCGUAAACCAUUGUCAAAUUAUCAAGUUCCGCAGCAUCAACUUCUCAAGUCUCGUUUCUUUUACGAGUUUUUAGCGGCGAAUGAGAGCAACAUAGCUCAAGAGGUCCAGGAUGAGUACGUUGAUACCGUUAGCAAAAUGUUUUUCUCUUAUUUCAAGGCAUAUAUCACGCGUCUAUUCAAAUUAAUGAUGUUAGAUGCAGCUUCCAAAGAGGAUUUGUUAGGUGCAGAAGAUGUUGUCAAGUCUGGUGGUAUCUCUGGUCUAUUUGCAGGCAAGCCACAUCAUCGAAACAGGGCAACUGUGUUUUCAUUAGGCUCUCGGCAAGAGAUACUCACCCAUGACUUCCUCAACCCACUUAUUUUCCAAUUCGAAGCCUUGUUUCGCUCGAUUCAUCUCGCGUUCGUGGAUCACUGCAGUCAUGAGUUCUUGUUCUUAACUGACUUCUUCAUGGUAUCAGGCCAAACAGCCAUUGAUCUGCAUGCGAAGGUUAGCGCCAUGCGCCUCAUCUGCGUCGCGCCAUUCGAUGAAAGGAUUGCAGUGAAUUUUGACUGCAUUAGUCUUCAUCUGUGCAUUUGUCUGUGCGACAAGUUCCAUCGAUUAUUGACGGAGAGAGAAAUACCUUCAAUGAGCGGAUAUUGGGAAGCAAUAUCGAAUCAGCUGUGGACUAGACUAGCACAAGUAAUGCAGAUGCAUAACGAUAGUGUGAAAGCCCUUGAUGUUAAGCGUAUGCAAACGCCAAUCGACACGAGACCACAUUAUAUUGUGAGACGAUACGCUGAAUUGACGUGCGCAUUUCUCGUUGUUACGGAAUCGAGCGGACGAGAGUUGGGAAAGAAAAUGGAAGCAAUUCUUGAGUCGUGCGAGGAUGCUGUCGAACAACUGCUUCUCCGGAUGUCGACUUGCUUACCGAACGCGAGAGAUCGUCUGGUCUUCCUCAUUAAUAACUAUGACCUGACACUCGGAAUUAUUGAUGAGCGAGUAGUUCAAGACAGUCGAAUCCAUUCGAUUAUUCAUGAGUUGGAGCAGAAGGCUAUAGGAGAAUUCGUGGAGGCAACAUUGCAACCCCAUUUUUCAUCGUUGUUAUCAUUUGUCAGUGAAUGUGAACCUUUAGUUCAGCAAGGACAUACACAUCUACUUGUUCGAUAUAAUGAUAAGCUCACAGCAGUAGUACAGACGUUUUCUGCAAAUUGGAGGCGUUCCAUAGAUGCUAUAAAUGGUGAAGUAGUGAAAUCCUUCACUAACUUCAAAAACGGCACCAAUAUCCUUCAGGCCGUUUUCACGCAACUGGUGCAGUAUGUGCAACGAUUCUCCAAAUUAGUAUCGCACGAGAUCUUCCGCGAUAAUCCAGCACGUAACGACAUGGUCAAUAUUCACCAUAUCUUGGUGGAAUUGAAAAAGUAUAAACCCGUCUAUUGA